UUUGUGGGGAAAGCGGGAUUUAGGAAGAAACGUCAUAACGUUUUUGUUUGUUGAACAAAGUCAGGAUAAAACUUGUUCCAGUUUUCAGUAUAAAUCGUUACGUUUUCCUCGUGUAUGUUGUUGUCAGUGAUCCACAUCCACCAAAAGCACAUCUUACGAUUUUCAGCAGGAGUUUGGAAUCUCAAUAGAAAAAUGGCAACUUGUUCAGAGACUAAGACCCCCAUCGUUGUACGAGAGGUCACGACCCCGUUGGGUGUGUGUACCCUUAAAGCGUGCGAUAAGGGAGUGCAUCAUCUCGCCCUUACUAAAAUCGACGAGAAUUUCGACCCGAACGUUUCUGCAGGAAAUGUAAAAGAAAUACCCAAGAAAGCAUUGGAGGCGGAGGAAGGAUCAACUCCCAUGAACAAAGCGGUGAAUUGGCUUGUCUCAUAUUUUGAAAAUCCUUCAAAUUUGUCUGGAAAAAUUCCCCCCGUCUGCUUUCCAACCGAUUCCAGUACCGAAUUUGAGCGAAAAGUAUGGACAGCGUUGGGGGAGAAGGUGGGGUUUGGGAAAACGGUUACGUACUCACAAUUGGCUGGGACUGCUAUUGAUAAUCCAAAAGCGUCAAGAGCCGUUGGAACUGCAAUGAAAAAGAACCCGAUUCCACUCAUGAUUCCGUGUCACCGUGUAAUUCGUGCAGAUGGCGAAAUUGGAAAUUAUUCUAUGGGUGGCUCAACAAUCAAGAAAUGGUUGUUGGAACAUGAAAAUACUGGUGCAUAAAGUACCCAUGCAUUGCAAACUUCAAGUUUGAAACUUGCAAACAUUUUAAUAUGUGUACCUGUGGAUUAGAGUUUACGUCACAAUUUUUUUAAUUUUACUAAAUACUUUUUACUAAACUAGUUCUUCUUUUAACGAAAUGUAGAUAAUCAUUAUUCGCUGGACACUUGAAUUUUAAACAUUAAAUAAAUAAAUAAUUUGGUGCUGGGUUUAAA